AUGACCACUAUGAAAGUUUUAAGCCUUUGGACUCAGAUUGUGUGUGUGACCGCCCUGGUAGCCUAUGAUUGUCAAAACCCGUUGACCAAUAUUACCGUUAUUUCAUUGAGAGGAAUAAAACCAUGCCCUGACCCUGAAACAGGAUACCACACUGAGGAAAGUUACGUCCAAAUAAUAGAGAGGAAACGAUUUGAAUUCGCUCAAGUACGGUCUUGUUUAGUUGAAGUAGUAAGACUAAUAAGUAGUUGCGGAAUGUUUUCCCAUCAAUCUAACGUAGAAGGGGGACUUUUAACUUACGUACAUGAACUAUCAAGGGACGAAUGCGUUCUUGUACACGCAUACGGACAAUUUAAGGGGUUCGAGGGACACAUAAUUGGCAGAUUGGUACCAAAUUCCAGAGUAUCCACUAGCCUAGUAUUAGCGGGAAAACUUGAUGAUCACGGGAAAUGCGCCGGAGCAGUAUACCAUGAAGAUGGAAAAUCGUGGGAGAAUGUUGUAGUACAGGCAGAUAUCAAGGUGACCUCACAAGAUUAUUACACAAAGGUAUCGUUAGAAACCAACGAAAUACAUCUGAGAAAUGGAGUCGGAUGUCCUUAUAUAGAAGGAAAUUGCCAAGACAGUGUAAAUGGAGUUUCUUCUUGGGAGAUAAACCGCCUGAAGGACUGUUAUCAAUACAACAUUGUAUACGAGGGUGAUGCCACUAAAGUACGUGAAAAGGACACUAAUAAACAGGCCUUGUCUUUCAUUGUAGUCGAGGCCCAUGAAAAUAUAUUUGCAGUACAGCUUGUGCAGAAAGAAAAAUUAUGUGGAGAAGAAGUAUGGCAGAGUGAACAUCCCAGAUUAAUCGUGCUCAUAAAGCAAGUGGCCACUCAAGUGACUGUAUUUUCUCAGUUAACAAAAUCCUCGGAUGCAGAUUUAAUAACGUACGUUAAUACGAAAUUCCUGUAUGUGGAACAAUCUUGUAAAAGAGGAAUCAACAGCAUGUUCGCGCAGACAGUUUACCGAAGAUGCCUGCUAUAUAGAAAAAUUCUGGAAAACAGACUUAUAUUAAUGGCACUUUCACCUAACGCUGUCGCCCCGUUAGUAAAGAAUACCUCAGGAUACGUCGCAAAAGUCGCCGGGAAAGUGGUUUACCUGAUCAAGUGUGUCGAAAUAACUGUCGAGCUAAGGAGAGAAUCCCACUGUUAUGAAGAAUUACCAGUAACAGCCUAUAAUAAAAGCUACUUUAUGACCCCGAUCACAAGAAUUUUACAACAGCACGGAGAACAGACGGAAUGCAACGCUCUUAUUCCAUCCCUAUAUAACCUAGAUAACCAGUGGGUAAGAUUUGACCCUUCACCCUCUACUGGAAUCAUUCCCCGUGAGCUAGAAGUCGACGCCGAAGAAAACUACCCCUUCAUGUCGAUUAAAGAUUUAGGAGCUGGAGGGAUUUAUACGGAUAGUGAAAUCCGCAGGGCCCAAAACGAAAUGAUUUUCGGCCUAGGAAGAAAUGUACUAAACAAUAUAAUUAUUCGAAAAAUGGCUGGGCAGACAGUCCAAAGUCAGGGAUUCUCCUCUUUAAACUUAUUUGACAAAGAACUAGAAAAUUUGGCAAAUAGUACAAUACAGAAACUCUAUGGGUACUUCACCAUUAUAGGAGAAUGGACCAGUGGAUUCAUUGGAGCAAUAUCGAUAGGAUGUGUAUUUGAACAACCUCAGCCAUCAACGUCCAAAAGUGAGCUACCUGUUCCACCUCCACCUCACGUUAAGCCUCUACCAGUCAAGUCUCCGGCUACCAAAAAGUACAAAUUUAAAGAAACUGAAGAAACCUCGAAUUUAUCAAAUUCCGAGCUCCAACGACUGGUAUUGUUUGAACAGCUGGAACUAAUAAGAAUUCAAAAAGAAAGGGAAAAAUUAUUAUUAGAAAAAAUACAGAACGAAAAAGGAAACAACGUUGAAGAAUCAAAUAAUUUGUUGUACAGAAAUUUGUAA